AUGAUAAACCCAGAGAAGCUACUGGAGAUGUCCACGAAGUGGCGGAGGAUUGCAGCUGGAGGAAGAAAAAGAAUUUCAUUCCCGAAGACUGGUGGUAUUGACUCAGGUGUGGAGUAUUUGGCUGAGAAGGGACAUUUUGUUGCCUACAGCACUGACCGGAAGCAGUUUAUGAUACCAUUGAAGUACGUCAACUGUAACAUCUUCCGGGAACAUUUUAAGAUGUCAGAAGAAGAGUUUGGUCUAUCAAGCGAUGAUUCAGUGUUCAUGGAAUACAUAGUCUCACUUGUUCGAAGGGGAGCAGCAGAAAGCCUAGAGAGAGCUCUCCUAGAUUCUAUUAGCUCUACAAGGCAGCGCUCGUUAUCUGCUUCUUCUUCUCAGGAGCCGAAAUCCCAGCAUUUACUCGUCUCGACUUACUGA